AUGCUUCUUAAGCUUCAACAAGAACUCAGCAAUCUCUACCUGUUUGCUUUUGGUGAAUACUUUGUAAACAAUAAUUCUAUAGACUUUCACUUGCAUAAAUCCAAAGAAGCAAUAAGCACAACAACUUCAGCACACCAGCAGCUACAGGACACCUUUGGCCAAGCUAAAUCAUUUCCAGAGAUGGUCAAAAUCAUUCUGUCUAAAAAUGCAGAGUUUGUUAUGUGGAUGAGGGAAUUAGAAGAAGUAGAGAAAGCUAUGGUAGAUUUGAAAUCAGACUAUAAGAGAAGAACUUGUGUCAUCAGGGAACAGUUAAAAAAGUACGAACAAAAGAAUAAAGAACUGGAGAUGGAAAAUGAUAUCCUAAGACAAACUGUUGCAAGGACAAGGCAAAUGGUAAAGGAGGAGAUGCAGAUAACAGAUGGGUACCCCCAUUAUAGAAUGGUUGGCAGUGUCCAGCCAAACAUGGACACCAGUGAAUUGUAUGCUUUAGAAACUUGUCGGAAAGACAUCAGCAAUAACCUUCUAGUGACUGAUGCUGUUCUUCGCCGACUAGAAAGUACAGACAUGAUCUCCCACAGGGACCGAAAGUGUCUCAUGAGAAUAAGACAGAGUUCAAAGAGAAACACCCAAUUAGCAGAAAUAAUGCGCAAAAAAGAAAAAGGUUUCAGUGCAUUUACAGAAGCUUUAAUGCUUGAAAGGAACAUCAACCAGUACUGUGUGGAUAAAAUGCAAAAAAUGGUUCGACAUCACAAACAGCAACACAGACUCCGAGAACUAAAAGAAACAGAUCUCGUCAUGGAUGGAAAACCAUUCAAGGAGACCAAAAAAUAUCCGAAACCCUCUGUGGUGUUUGAGAGCUUCUACAAUUCUGUGGCUCCACUGGUUCAUGGUGAUAAUAAAGGGAAUUGUUCAGAAGAGACAAACAAGCAAACCUGUGAUGGCAAUGACAUUGUGAAAGCCCUCAAAUACUGCAGAAUGGCAAUGGAUCCCAUGGAUGAAAAUUCAGAUGUUCCAUUAAAAGAUCUGCAAAGUAAAUACCUCCAGAAGAAAACACAGGCCAUUGCUGAUGAUCUUCGAUUGGAAAGAACUGUGUGGAAGAAAAGGAUUGACAGUCUUCAAGUAGAAAAUGAUGAACUGACAACAAAAGUGGAAGAACUUGAAAGUGAGCUAGAGCGAGAACGAGAAGAAAAAGACAAAAUAAUUCGAGAAACUGUAGACAGAAUUGUCAAAGAAAGGCUGCUUCGAUUGAAUCCUGUGGAUACUAGACCCUCCUCUAAACCCAGUGUGACCAUCAACAUUCAUAAUCAUGGACAUUUUCAAAUGGGCGGUGCCAAUGCCAUGGACCUAGAUUCUGAUUCGACAUCAGAAUCCGACCAAUCAGAAAAGCCACACUAUGAGAAUCAGAACACACUGGACUUCCCUGGCCUUGCUGACAGUGUUCUGUAUUAA